AUGCCAUCAGUCCUCUCCAGAUACAUGAGCGAGCCUGUCCACUUGGAUUCAAGCGAGACCUCGGUAUAUGAUCCGCCGCAUCGGGCUUCCACAGAGACCUCUUCUCACCCAACGAUUGCCAAGGGGUUAAUGAAUGGGCUCCCAGUAGAGAGCUCAGGAGGAUUUAAACGCGUUGAAGGUGUCUUCCUCGGUGAAUCGAACGGCGUAAACUCGAGCCUGCACUCCUUACAAAACGGAAGGUCCAGUGAUAAUACGGAUGGUCCCGGAAAGACACACUCGAGGAACGGAAGCAAGAGCUCAACAGUCAAUGGAUACGGGGCUAUGGGAGAGGGGCAGACACAGGACCUUCCAAUAAAUAAUCCGCCAUCGAGACUGGGUACCGUGGAUCACACGCACUCGCUGGAACAUGCUAACGGAAAUGCUGCCUACGUUCCGAGGCCAAAGUCUCCAGAGAGUGGUCAACUAGGUAAAGGACAUUACCACAAAGGCCAUGCAAGAGGUCAUUCAUUGUCGGCCCCACAAAGCACCAAUGUCCACUCGACGCACUCAACCGACCUUGAGUCGUCUGCCAGUACUUCACAGGCGAAUUGGACGCCUCAAGAUCUAUCUCAAAACCCUAAAAACAGACUCUCUUCUACCCUGAUUCCCUCAAAUGUCAAUCAACUUCUUGCUGGAUCUCCAACGACCUCUUUGCAUCCUUCAGCACCUCGCCUACAUCAUCGUCACACCACUUUGGAGGUUCCAAGGGUAUCGACCAGCCGAACAUCGAGGGACUUCUCGCUACCUAACACUGCAAGCGAUGGCGGUAGUGAGAGUGGACGCUUCUCCCCAACAUCUCGGACCCCUCGAGCAUCGAAUACCUUGGUACGAGCGCCGACGCGAUCAGUACAUUCUGAUAUGUAUUUAGAUGAAGUACCUCUCGACGGCGACGUAGCACGAUGGACUGAGACGAUCCGGCAAAAACGAGCCAGCCGAAGGCAAAGGAAGGAGGAAGAGGAAGACGAUAGAGUGGUCGUAGGAACAAAGGUCGACAUGAACCAUGUCAACUGGGUCACCGCUUACAACAUGUUGACGGGUAUCCGAUUUACUGUCUCGAGGACAAAUGCGAAGAUAGAUCGAGAGCUUGCAAACGCAGACUUCGAUGCCAAACACAAAUUCUCUUUUGAUAUCACCGGUAACGAGUUGACUCCGUCAGCCAAAUACGACUUCAAGUUCAAGGAUUACGCGCCUUGGGUGUUUCGCCAUCUUCGAGCGAAAUUCCAGCUCGAUCCAGCAGACUACUUGAUGUCACUCACAAGCAAGUACAUCCUGUCGGAGCUGGGCUCUCCCGGUAAAAGUGGAAGCUUCUUCUAUUUCUCUCGGGACUACAAGUACAUCAUCAAAACCAUACACCAUGCUGAGCACAAGCUCCUGAGGAAAAUACUGCGAGAAUAUUACGCCCAUGUCGAGCGUUAUCCCAACACGUUGAUUUCUCAAUUUUACGGCCUUCACCGAGUCAAGAUACCCUAUGGUAGAAAAACUCACUUUGUUGUAAUGAACAAUUUGUUUCCUCCACACCGAGACAUACAUCAGACUUUUGAUCUCAAAGGAUCGACGAUUGGGCGAAAUUACAAAGAAGAAGAUCUGGAGCGCAAUCCUAGGGCCACCUUGAAGGACCUGAAUUGGCUGCGAAGAAAUAAUCAUUUCGAAUUUGGGCCCGAGAAGAAAAGCCUUUUCAUCGAGCAGAUGAAGCGCGAUGUUGCUCUUCUGCAGAGAUUGAAGAUCAUGGACUAUUCCCUUUUGGUUGGUAUACAUGACUUGGAGAGAGGCAACGAGGAAAACCUUCGUGAUAAGACGCUCCAAGUGUUUCAGCCUGGCGGCGAUGGUACGGCAGAGCCACAGGUCAACAUGCUUACCAGGACUCCGUCUAAGCUUGAGAACGCAAGACAAGCGAGGCAACUACGGCAGAUCAUCAAAAAGGAGAAGCCCGUACCUAUGGACAAAAGCACAAGCAAGAUGCCGGACGAGAUGCUGGAGGAAAGGAAGAACUUCAUCUUUUACAGCGAUGACGGCGGGUUCAGAGCUACCCAUGAGAAUAGUCAACCGGGGGAAGAGAUAUACUAUCUUGGGAUCAUCGAUUGCUUGACACAUUAUGGCUUCGUCAAGCGCGCCGAGCAUUUCUGGAAAGGCAUGUCCAGCGACAGCUCUCUGAUCUCUCCAAUCCCACCUGAAGGCUACGGUGACCGUUUUGUCAAGUUUAUAAGCGGCAUCACCAUGACCAAGGAAGAACAAGAGCGACAAGCCCAAAGCGGUGACCUUCUCGAUGGCUCAAUCGAUACCCAUCGUCAAUCAAGCUUCCCUAUCUCGCGUCACUCGACAGACAAAGUCAUCGAAAAGGCCGAAAAGCAAGCGCACAAAACCGAGAGGGAAGGCGCCACAGAAGACCCAAAACGGGAUCGGACGCUGAGCGCCGUACGCAGUCCAUCGGCUGAAAGGGGAGGCGGCGCUGGAGGCACUACAUUACCAGUCGUUGAGGAGGAUGGUGAGGCAGCGAGCAGGGAAGACAGCGUUCACAAUGAGAAAGCUGGCGAUAGUGUCCUGGAUGGUGUGCCUUCGACCGGGGAACGACCGUCUCCGACGCCUUCGAAAGAUGGAGUACGGCUGCCGAGUGAUAGGCGCCUUCCGUCUCUUCCUGACUUUAACCGCCUUAGCAUGGGAAUGUCGACAACAGCUCCGGCGACUAUGGGGCGUUGA